CAAUUCAGCAAAGUGUCACUGAAGUUUGGACUAAUGUUUCAUUGAAGGGCUGCCGAUUCCAUUUAGGACAAUCCUGGUGGCGCAAAAUUCAGGCACUAGGUUUAACAUCCUUAUACAAAGACAAAGAGAGUGAUGUAGGAAAAUAUUUAACAUACUGCUUUGGAAUGCCAUUUCUCAACCCAGAAGAUGUAGGAGAUUGUUUUGUUGAAGCUUUAUCAUCAAUACAGCCACAAAAUCAUAGACUAGUAGAAUUUGCGGACUAUCUGGUCGAUAAUUAUGUCUCAGAAUCGGCUAAGUUUCCGCCAGAAAUAUGGGCGGAGAUGUCAAGAAGUUUACAACGGACGACGAACGCAUGUGAGAGUUUUUAUUCCAGGUUUAACUCGCCAUUUUAUUUUGCUCAUCCUCAUAUUUUUCAAUUUUUAACAGUUUUAAUAGACUUUCAAAGUGAAACGUAUGUUAAAAUUAGAAGUGUACAAAAAAUAGUAAAAAAAAAUUAUUCUGCACAAACCCUUACAUCAAAAAAAUUUGUAGAUGAACAAAUUUUAAAAUUAAAUAAAAGAUUAAUAUCAAAAUUUGAUUACCUCAAAACUGUAGGUGAAAAAUUUAGAAUAGUUAAAUAA